AGCUGCGUAAAAGACCAAUGAACCGCAGGAGAGCGCCUCGUCGCAUCUCUUACUCACAGAGGAGGGAUGCACCAACAGGAGGAGAGUGGAGGCAGAAGAACCAGGAACAAUGGCGAGGCCAAGACAAAGCACAGGUGAGCCAGGUGGAGAAGGAUGAGAGACAUGAGCAACAGGGGAAAGAAACAGUGCCCAGAGGGAUCUGCCGGACCAUGUGCCCUGCUCGUGAGCUACGGGUCCGUGAGACACAAAACCGCCUUCAUCGUUUUGAGAUGUUAGCAGGCACAGAAAGAGAUCGACGACCCAGGGGAGACCCCCUGCGUUCUGUCAAGGAGUAUUCCAGACCAGCAGCUGGGAAAGACUCGACGAACCCCAAUGACCUCCGUCCACCUGCAGUGUUACUGAAAACUGUGCAUUACCUUAUUGAUGACAUCGCUGCCUCCCCUAGUCUGCAUCCAUGGACUGAGGUGUACAGCUUUGUUUUUGAUCGGCUGCGUGGUGUGAAGCAGGACAUGAUUAUCCAGAGGGUGUCUGGGUUGGACUGUGUGGCCAUUUUAGAGCGGACAGUACGCUUCCUCAUCUAUGCCUCUUAUCGCCUCUGUGGUGAGCCGCUGCGGCUCUACGACCCACGCAUUAACGACACACACCUACAGGAGAAUCUGAGCUGGCUGUUGGAUUGCUAUGCAACUGGAACAGAACCGCAUCCCAACCAGGAAGAGUUUCAGGCUCUUGGUCUUCUUUACAACUUGGGUUCAGCUCGUGCCACACAGCACAUCAUGGAGCUCCCUGAGAGGCUCCGCAGCACUCCUGCCAUCAGGCUUUCUCUGUCUAUCAACCGGGCUUUUCUGGAUCGAAACCCUGUACGAUUGCUCCGAUUGGCACAGAGGUUGAACUUCCUGCAGUGUUGUGCGCUCCACCGGCACCUGGUGACAUGUCGUAGAGAUCUGCUGCUAAUAUUCAGCCAUGGAUACAGCAGCCGUAACUGUCGCUUUCCCCUUGACAGACUGGCUCAGCUCUUGUCCUUAGACGCGUCACUUACAGCCCAACUCUGUCAGGCUUAUGGACUGGAAGUUAACCAGGGAAACCAAGUUGUUUUCUCCAAAGCUGCUUUCACUGAGCCUGAACAAGGGGAACUGCACUGUAAACUGUAUCACAACAUAGUGGAUGAGAAACAGAGAGACCUCACUGUUGUGAGUAUCAUUCACGGUUGCGCUUGAGAUGAAAAACAAGGAGUUAAUUAGUAAUAUAAGUCAUACUUUAUAGGGAAAUUGCCUGUUAAAGUCUCCACAGGGAAUUCACAGUGUAACCUACAGCGAUUUAAACACUUGUUCAAGGACACUUCAGCAGUGCAGCUGUUUCGUUAAUUGGUUUCAUUGUUCUACUCUUGUUAUCUUGUUUGAUUUGAGUCUUGGGGCUUCCAUCUAGGUUGCCCAAUGCCAGUAUCUUUUACAAAUGAAAUGCUUCAGGUCCUGCAUGUUCAGCAUGAGGGAUUAAGGUCAGGGUUGUUGUUGAGCUAAGGGUGUACUCUAACUGAGAGGCUGAAUUCAGGAAAAAAAAAGUUCCCUCUUGUUUCUGGAUGUGCUUUUUCAGCCUCAUCGUGCACUUGAAGUUUAAGAUGUGAAUUGUUUUUAUAAUGUUACUGUUUAUAUUCUUUUUGUUCAGUAUUUCAGAAAACCUGCUGGAAAAUCUACUGUGCACCAGUGUUCAUUUAUCCUCAUAAAUGCAGUACCUCAGAAAUCUUUCAAUAAAUUUU